AGUAACCGAAGCACCUAUUCGCCAUCGUUGAUAGACGUAAAGCGAAUGUAUCGAACUGGGUGCGUCGAACAUUGCCUCAAUAGUGUUUAUUAUUGUGCUUAAUGAAUUGAUAAAUUGUGUUAGUUGGCAAGUGAAAGUGAUCUGCGAACCUCUAAAGCCACAUGUUAUACCAUGGACAGUUGGAUUUUGGAACACACAUGAUUUCAUGGCUGAGACCACGGACAGUCUUGAAUGUUAUUUAAUUGAAUCCAAGUCAACUUAAAAGGGUCGAAUAAACACGAAAGAGAAACAUGUCAUCAGCUCAAGUAGAUCGUCCCACGAAAGUGGGUCAGGUGAACAAGAAAGACAAUGAAAAAUCACGCAAGCUUUUUCCGCAGUUCCACAAGAAGUAUAAGCACGAUGAUUCUCGUCACUUCAAAUUUGGACGUAAACGUUUACAAAGUUUUACCAGCAAUGGUAAAUUCUUUCCCCCAUACAAGAGACGAAAGAAAGAAGGUGCUAUCAUACCACCGACCAAAUUUUUGCUUGGUGGUAAUAUAUGUGAUCCCCUAAAUUUAAACAGUAUGCAAGACGAAGAGAUAAAUCGGGCCAUGAACGCUGUUACUCCAAAAUCAAGUCCCUUGCCCACCCCGAAACACCGAAAAGAAGCCAUUGAAGUUAUAAUCCCACCUAACAUCUGUGACCCUUUGAACUUGACAAACUGCAAUGACAAUGAGGAGUAUGAGAAACAGUUAAUAUCGCCAACAAAGAAAGGCUCAAAGAGACGAAACAGAAAGAGAAAGCGAGCAUCAUCAGGUUCUGGUAAAGAAGAUACAAACGAAAAUUCAACUGAACCUAAAAUAGAAGAUCCACCCGCACCAGAGGCUGUUGUGGUAGCCGCAGAGAUAGUAGCAGAUAAGAAGAUAAUCCUACCGGAGAUAGAAGUUCCAACAGUAGAGCCAUCGAGCCCCACACCACCUCCACCUCCUCCAAAAGAGCCAAAAGUGGAAAGUCCAGUGAAAGACAAAAAUAAACUGCGGCUAAAGGGUCUUGACGAUAUGAAGGACAAGCGAUUGCGAAAAGUAGAUGUCAAAGACAAGAUAGUCAGCCCGGUGAUUCCGCAACCGGGGGCUUGGAAACCCAGACUUCCCCACAGACCAAAUCAGGAUAAAAAAAAGAAACAACCCCUUCAGCUGCCCAAUUUCAGGCAAAAGGACGCGAGAUAUCAGUAUGGAAAUUAUGACAGAUAUUAUGGGUACAGGAAUCCACAUCAUGACGUUGAUCCCAGACUGACUGUCUUUGCACAGAGGAAGGAGAUGUUCUUUGGAAGAGAUGUUCUCGAUAUUGGUUGUAAUAUUGGACAUAUUACGCUGUCGGUUGCUAGAGACUUUGCAGCUCACAGUGUCACGGGCAUUGACAUUGAUCGGAAGUUGAUUGGAAUUGCAAGGAGGAAUAUUAAACAUUACGUUAAUUGCGUUAGAUCACCUGCAAAUAAUGAGGAGACAGUCACCGAGUCGAGGGACUGCGAUGCAAAUUUUUUUCCCAUGUCCAUGCCCAUCAACUAUGGACCGAUUGAUGUUCCCGGAUUCAGUAAAAAUAAAGAUCAUAAGGGCUUUCCUUAUAACGUCACAUUUGUUCAGGGCAACUAUGUAUUGGACGAUGACACUUUAUUGACGUCCGAGCAACCGCAGUUUGACGUAAUCCUUUGCCUGUCCAUAACAAAAUGGAUCCACUUAAAUUUCGGUGAUACUGGACUGAAACAGGCGUUCAAGCGGAUGCAUGCACAGCUGAGACCUGGUGGUGUGCUCAUACUCGAGUCUCAAAGUUGGCCAAGUUAUGGGAAAAAGAAAACAUUAACCGAGCGAAUCUACAGGAAUUAUCACAGCAUUGAAUUCUUCCCUCAAAAAUUCACUCAAUACCUUCUCUCAGCCGAGGUUGGUUUCACAAAGUGCGAAGUUGUUUCGAUUCCCCCUCACCCAUCCAAAGGUUUUCAGCGUCCAAUUCAGUUAUUUACAAAGGCAGGAACAAGUCCAGCUCCAACAACAUCGGUGAGAUUCAUUGGCAGACGAAUUGAAAGGAGGAACACAGAGAGGCGUGCAUUUGAACGUGAUUUAUUUCCACGUGAAUAUUCAAGAUGUGGGAAUUUAUCGGAAUUGAGUCAACGGAGUGUCGAGUCAUUGAGUCAAUACGAUCAAUUAGAGAAUGUCUAUGCACCCAGUACAACUCCGUGUUAUGACACACCGAGUCAUAAUAAUGACAGUCAGUCUGCAUUUGAGCCUGAGAAGACAUGUUACGCGGAUGUUGGCAUAAGGCCAAACGAUCAGGAGGGAAAGGAGGGCUGCAAGAGAAAAAUUAAUGAGUCAGCGGGGAAGAGUGAGGAUCCGAAGAGGGCGAAGAGAAAUUGUCAAUCCCCACAGUCCACUGGGCAAGAAACACCGGAGGAGAAAGAGAAACGAGAGGAUGAUACGAGUAAACAUGAAUUAACAACCGAUAAUACAUAAAUUAUUCUUAAUACUGGAAAAUUGCUGAUUUGGAUUAAUUGGAUGCGCCGGAGAGGAGGAUAAUGAGGAUUUCAUUGCUGAGGAUCAUUUUUAAGUUUAGGUAUAAGUUUGUUCUUUGUUUCAAAAGGAGGAAGGGGGACAGUAGCCACUAGGAAAUGUGCAGCUAGUCGAAAUUCAUUUCCUGCAUAUUCUGGAGACAUAUUCAUGAUUAAUUACAAUUACGUAUGGGGUUUUAGAAGAAAAUCUGCAUUGAAGGGCUGCGGGAGAACGAGUCGAUUUGGUUUGAAUGUCGUUUAUUGCUCAAUAGUUAGAGUUUUCAGAUGUUAUAUUGAUUUAGUGGAGGAACGAAAUGAGUGAAUAUCCAUUUUAUAUAAUUUUAGAUAAAGAUCGGGGGGAAGAUGGACAGUAGCAAAGUUUAGAAAUUCCUGCAAAUGGCGAAAUUUUGUAGAAGUUUUUUGUAAAGCAUAAUAUGAACAUAUGAGGGAUUCUAUGUUAAAUAAGUUAAUGCCUAACUUUCACCCCUUAAGAAGUUGAUUGCCCUUUUUGUGAUAGACGAUCUAAAAAAAUUAUCCCGCCAUCUUAAUUACAUAUUUUUGGGAUUUCAUAGAUACGAUUUUUUCGUGUUUAUUUGGUUCUUUUCUUUGCCUGGAGUUCUGUUCAGUAAAUUUCUUCAAUGAUGUGUUAAUAUGUUCCAUUUUAUGUAAUUUGUUGGGGAAUUUCGCAUACUUUUUUUCAAUCCCCAGUGCUUACAGUACUCAAUUCAAGCGAAGAUCAACUCGAACAGCCUGAAUUUUGAAAAUCAUUUUGCUUUUUAUUUUUCACAUGUUUUUUCCAGUAACUCUUCUAAUCAGAAUAUUUUGAGCGUUUUUCAUCCAAAUUUGCAAAAGUUUAGGAAAAUAAAAUGAAAAAUAAAAUAGAUAUACCAGAAUAAAGCGAAUUUUAUCAGUUACACAAUGGCUUAAACAAUUACAUUGAUCAAAAAAUUAUAAAGGACGAAACAAAUAAAGCUGGACCUUCUUUCGAAAACUCACCUUUUUUUUGAAAAUUGAGUAUUACGAGUAUUGGGAAAAAAAUAUUCUAAAUCUUAUUCUAGGUAGUAGAAAAUGGACCGUUUUUAUAUUUCAAUGCAAAUCUGAUGAACUGAACUAGACAACAAAAAAAACUAAAGCUCCAACUUGAGAUGUCCAAUAAAGUUGAAGGGAAUUAAAAUGUAGUUUUUUCUGGAGCCGUAGAGACAACGAAAAUCAAUUCGUAGGAAAGUGAAUGUCAACCGCUGACUUGUUUGGCAGAGAAUGGCUCAUAUGUAGAACGAAAUCAGUAAAAUCCCUGCAUUUUUCUCCUACAAUAAAGUAUUUUAACGAGUACUGAAAUGAAUACGAAGUAUUUAAUUUGAGAAUUGUUGCCUUCCAAGUAUUACAAUUGCGGAGGAAUACGGAAAUUUUGGUCCACAUAUCUUGAAAGUUUUAUUUCGUUGAUCUCGAAGACAAAAAUUUAUAUAACAACUUUUACCUUAAUAUCUUCAGUCGAACGUUCUGGAAUAGGAGUUUUUCAAAAUGAAUUUGUUAUCCAGACUCAUUUCGUUUUAUCAUUAUGUUAAUAAACAGCUUAAUUAUCUUUUUGCUGAUAGGGGUCAAAGAGUAUUUUUGUCAGAAAUUUUCAGUGCUGAAACCUUACGGCCUCUUCCUGAAAACUCUCAUUAGGGCAUUAAUCGCAUUAUCAAUCUGUAUUGUUUUAAUCGGUUCAUUCCUACGUCAAAAGGCACUAAAUAGGUAUCUUAAUUUUCCGAGGACAUGAAUCUGAAAUAAUUUCUAUAAUGGAGUGAAACUUGUGUUUUCAAUUUAUUGUAAGCCAUCUUCAUAGCUAUUUAGAAAAAAGAGACAUCACAUCACACAAUGAUUCCGUAAUACAAAAAUUUCAUAAUAAUAUCGUUCGUAUUGAUGAAAGAUGGCUUCAUUAUAGUUUUGCAGUGAAAUUUCUAAUCGCUUGAUAAAAAGAUUUGAUAAGAAAUACAUGCCACCGAUAUGGUUUUGAAUUGUUAUCGGGAAAGAACAGUACUUGGACAUAUCAAUUUGGUCUUCUAAAUCGCCCAGAUGAGAUGAGAAAUUGCGGAGCUGCAGAAAAUUAAUUGAACGGUUGAAUGUUCCAAUAAGUUCAUCUACAGGGAUUCCAUUAACGAAAUUCGAAUAGUUGGAUAUGAAGACUCGACAAAAAUAUUAAGCACUAAUAUGAUUUUCAAGGUGAAUGCCCUAGUAGCUGAACGCACAAAUAGGACAUCAAUUUUUUGAUGAAAAAAAGAACAUUGCUUUGAACAUAUAAUUUAGUCUUCUGUUCAGCUACUGUCCCAGAGAUAGGUAGGAGGACAUUCGCAUUACCCAUUAAAAAAAAUCCAUUUUGUCAUAGCUGAUCUAAUUUUUUAUUUUUUUUUUUAACUAAUGGAGAAACAUGAAAUGAAAAUUUAUAGUAAUUAUGACAAAUUAGUUUGCACUUGCGUUCACGAAAUUAAGUAAAGCAAUAUCUUUCUAUAGAUGAGUUCUUAUGGGGUUGGUUUUCAAACUGAUCCUUUAUAAACUAUCAGACUGUAAAAAUAGAUAUAGAAAUGAAAAUAAAGAGCAGUGUGAAAACAUUA